AUGCAACCAGGGCUCGACGAUCUUCCAGAAAAACAAUUUGGAACAUUACAUUACUCUCUCGAUUACAAUCUUACAAAAAACAUUUUGCACGUCGGAGUUAUAAGAAUUGAUGACCUACCUGGCUCCAUAUUCUCUAAACCAAGCAGCACUUUUGUGCGAGUUCGAAUACAUCCUGAACUGCGAACGUUUGAAACAAAAGUUGUCAAUCUCACAAGAAAUCCUGUUUUUCAGGAAAUAUUUUCCUUUACAAUGCCUCCAUCGAAGCAAGCGUCCUCAACUGUCGUCUUCUCCGUUUACGAUUACCAGAUGUUCACAAAACACAAACUAUUAAGUCAACUGCACUUACCAUUGAAGACGCUAAUACUCGCCGAUCUUGUAGAAGAUUUUGCAUUGUUGGAAGAGCCUAGUAAAUUAGAAGAGGAGCAAAUUGGCGACAUUUGCUUGUCGUUGAAGUUUGUUCCAGCGCAAAACAAACUCCAUGUCAUUGUCAUUGAAGCCAAAAAUCUUCACAAGUGGUCUUCUGAGCUGAAAGAUCCUUACGUCAAACUAUACCUGAUGAUGAAUAAGAAACUGUUAAAAAAGAGAAAAACGACAACCAUUGUAGCGACAGAUAUCAACCCAUACUUCAACGAGGCCUUCGAAUUCAACGUCAGUCUCGAAGAUAUAAAGAACUGUUCCCUGCUGGUCCGUGUUUCGUACAAAAGGUCGUUGGGAAGGUCCAACCACAUCGGAGAAGUUUUGUUGGGGCUGGAAAAAUUAGGAACUGGAUACAAACAUUGGACGGAUAUUGUCGCCACGCCGGGCCAGCCCUUUGCCAUGUGGCAUAACUUGAACAUUUGUGAAAACUAA